CCCUCGGAUUAGAUCAGUACGCACUGUAUUCUAUAUCAAGAUGAUAUGAAAUGCGAUCGAGUCAAUUAGUUCACCUGAAGCGAAGCGUCGACACAGUUGUGACCAGAAUCGAGGAACUCUUUCCAGCUACCAAGCAUCGUCAGAUCGUGUUGUACACUGGAAAUUUUAAAGAUACUAAACAAUUAUUAAAGAAAACUUUAAGGAAAAAUUUUUAAUUUGUUAUACAUUGGAUUGUGGAUGUGUUAUAAACACGUGGAAAUCAAAUCUCAGAAUUUGAGAGACUCUGAUUUUUCCUUAUAAGUCGGUACAGAGCCAUUAAUUUUCUUGGUAUCACUAAUCGCUUAAAGUGUAAGAGGAAGUUGCUCGAAGCUUUUCAUUUAGUUAUGUGUGAUACAGGAAAUACAAAGAUAAAUAUUUCGGGGAUCUUCUCGAGAAAGACAAAGUCGAAAACAAACAAAUCAACAGUCGUGGACCGCCCUAGCAAAGCCUGUACAAAGUGUAAAAAAAACAAAGUAAUUAUUCAAAAUCAAGAGGACGAAAUACGAACGCUGAGAGCAUUAAACAGAGACAUACAGAGGGAGAUUAUUGACAAAAUAAAAAUUUCUACGCAGAUUGAAAAUCAUGAGAGCGAUAAUAAAGAGAAGAAGAAAGAAAGAGAGGAAAAAGUGCCUGUUGGGACUGUCAAAGAAUCCGAUCAAAUGAUACAUUUAGGAAGAGAUCAGUGGCUUUCGCUAGAGUCGUACAACAGUAUUGUAAGCAGCUCAAAAACGCCAAAAAAGUUCUUAAAAAACUUGUCAUUUGCUGUUUUUGGACACGACACACUAAAAGAAACCAGUGUCACGGACGAAAAAUGUAACUCGGAACAAAAUGCUACGCCGAAGCCUUCGCUAGACUCGACUAAACUCUUGGCAAUUAAAGAUAUGUAUCAUCAUUAUUUAAUGACGAAUUUGCACUAUUCAGAAGAAGCAGCUGAUCUUGAAUUAGUGCAUGCAACGUCAUACAUAGUUUCUAAAAUAUCAGACAAGAACAAACCGUCAAAGGCGACAAAAGGGAAAAAAGGGAAAAGAGAAAAAGUAAUGAAUAAAGAGAUGGAAAAAGCCGUGAAAAAAGUUGUACGCAAGGAAAGGAAAAACUUGCUUAAAAGAGCAUUGAAAUUCUCAAAGAAAGAUAAGGAAACAGACGAGGAAACAAAUGUCGACGAACAAAGUAGCAGUAAUGUAAAACUCAAUGCUUUAUUGAAGGUUGGUGCUUCAUAUAAUAUAAAUAACAGUGCUGAUGAAGAUACAGAAGAUACAGAAGAUGAGACAGAUGACGAACAAACGGAUAGUGAUUCAACAGACGACGAGAGUUCAACGUCCAGCGCAACUGACUCUGAUAAAAACACAGAAGCAUCUUCUGAAGAUGAGGUCAAUGAGUCAUCGAAGCAAACAAAGAAUAAAGCUUGCACAAAAUAGCUAAAUAAUUGCAAGUUAUCGACAACUUGUUACAAAUAUUCUCAUUAGUUGUUAGCAAAGCAACAGAAGAGGGUAUCCUCUUAUCAUUACGUUCUUGCCAGCAAUAGUUUUGAAAAUAUAAUACCGACAAGUUCUCAACAACUUAUCAGCAUUAUACUUAUCACAAAUUAUAAAUGGGAAUUGUUGCUCACAUGUUGCUGUUAUGUUGCUCACAGAUUGCUAUAUACAAUUUUCAAAAUAUAGUAAUGGCAAGUUCUAAACAACUUACGGCAAUAUAGUUAUCACAGAUUGACUUCAAUAAUUUUUCUACGUUUGCUCGACAAUAAAACUCAGCAUAUUAAUACUGAAUUAAGUAGAACAUUUUCGUCGCAUUAAAUAAAAGACAACAUAAGUACCAAUUAACGAGCAAUUUAAUCUGUGCAAUGAUUUGCUUUAGAUCGAGUUACCACGUUUUGCUAUCUGGGGAGUAACAUGUGAGGUAACAGAUGUUACGUCAUGUAAAUGCAAUCCAACCCAAUAAUAUAUACAUCACAAUAUUAUCAAGUGACGAUAAUUAAAAU